AGAUGGUGUUCUACAAAGAAUGGCUGAUGCUUUUCUUGGGCCUUGGGACUUUCUGGUGUAUUUCAGAUUGUCUGGGGAAAACUGCAGCUCUGAAAAAACUCAGUUCAAAUAAACCUCAAACUGCAAGACAGGUUCUUGUGGGACAAACACGUCAACAUGGGGAAGACCCUCCAUCUUUGGAAGAUGCAGAGAAAGAGCAGGGAUAUUAUCUCCAGCAACUGUUCCAUCUCUAUGGGGAGAAUGAUACCUUGUCUUAUCGUGGACUUACUCAGCUUCUACAAAAUCUAGGACUUGGCAAAGUGCAGGUAUGUGGUGCUAUGCAUACAAAGUACAUACAAAGGACUUCCGGGAAUGAAGGGAUGCCAAUGUGACAUGUGGCGGCAUGCAUUUAUAUGUUGAUUAUUGUCUGUUGAAAAACACAAAUUUAAGAAGCUCUUGGAUAGUGACGGUGCUUCCUCUGUGUACAAGACACAAUUGUACUUAAUAUAUGUACACAACAACAUACAAGGUAAUUUAUUUAAACUUUGCAAAUUCUAGACCUUAAAGGGACACUAUAGUCACCCAGAUCACUUCAGAUCAAUGAAGUGGUCUGGGUGCCAGGUCCCCCAGGUUUUAACCCUUCAGAUGUAAACAUAGCAGUUUCAGAGAAACUGCUAUGUUUACAUUGCAGGGUUAGUCCAGCCUCUAGUGGCUGUCUCCUGACAACUGCUAGAGGUGCUUCUGCGACGCUGGAUGCGAAAAUCGCAUUCAGUGUGCAGAACGUCCAUAGGAAAGCAUUGAGAAAUGCUUUCCUAUGGACUGUUUGAAUGCGUGCGCGGCUCUUGCUGCACAUGCGCAUUCCGCUCCACUCGGGAGCUGACUUUGGCGGGGGAGGAGAGGUCACCAGCACCGGGCUGGAUUAAUGUAAGUAACUAAAGGGUUUUAACCCCAUCAGCGCCAAGGGAGGGGGGCAAGAUUGUUUUCCUGACACUGUAGUGAUCCGUUAAUAACCAAGCUGUAAAAAAUAGCUUUAGAAAAGUUCCAUUUUGAUUAUUCUGAUGUACAAUUUGCGAUUCCAUUGUGAUUGUCCAGUUUAGUGAAUAAACCUCAGUAAUAUUGUAAUGUGCAUUGUAUGCUACACAUUACUGUGUCUAUCUAUCACUGAAUUAGAGACGUGUUAACUAUUUUAGUUUUCUAUUCCUCAUAAAAGGCUACCUUAUUAGAAAAUCAGCAUCUGAUUUACCAUGACUAACUGUUGAUGUGGAAAACAAAAAAAAACACAUUGCUCUAUAUUGUAGGUAAUAGAGAUUCAUCACACAGAACUGGGACAUGAUCACGUCACACACUUAGAUAUACUUGAAGUUCAGGACAAGAAACACAGCCAUGUGCACUCCAGCAGAGAACACUUUGCACCCACCUCUGGUCCUGUAACAGAUGGCAGGGAAUUGGAUAAAGGCAAGUAAGUAUAACACAUGUCUGCUGACAAACAAAGAUCUAAAUAUAUUGCACAUCUAUAUAUGCAUUAAUCUCAAAAGGUAUUUAAUUUCUUCUUUUUGGGGAUAAGGAGAGGUGAGGUGUUUCUGUCUUUGUACCUAUGGCAUGCAAAUGUACAUGUCCUUUGUGAAGUGAAGAAAAGAUUGCUGUAAACACAGCGAGUGCACUAUACAAUGUAUUGUGAGCAGUUGAGUGUGAAUUGCAGAGUAAUGCAGGGCUUGACAAAUUUGUUUGGAAUCUAGGAGCCAGAUAAAAAAAGUUAGGAGACAGUUUUUUUUAAGGGAUACUAUAGUCACCAGAACCACUACAGAUUAAUGUAGUUGUUCUGGUGCCUAUAGCCUGUCCCUGUAGCCUUUUCAAUGAAAACACUGCCUUUUCAAAUAAAAGGCAGCAUUUACAUUGCUGCCUACUAAGACCUCUAGUGACAGUCACUCAGACGGCCACUAGAGUCCUGUGUCAGUGCUCGGCAUGGAGGCACUAAUUGUUACCCAUAGAGAAAAUGCAGAAUAUCCAGACUCAUUGACAGAGACAUACACACACACACACACACAAGCAUAUACACACAUACACACACACAGACUCAUUGACAGAGACACACACAGACAUACACACGCACAGACAUACACACAGAAACACUUUCUCUAACACUCACAAAUUUUAAUUUUUAAUUCUAAUCCACCCAUCCUCCCAACGUUUGGGAGACCUGAGAGGACUUUCCCUGGGGUCCAGUGGGACUGAUAUUCCUGGGUGCGAGGGAGCAGUGAUCUUCCUGCAGCUCCUCUCUGCUCCCUCGCACUGUCUGCAGUGAUGCCAGGGCCAGAAUGAUGUCAUAUUCUGGGUCCCAGCAUCAUUACACAGCAUGAGGGAGCAGAAAGGAGCUGCAGGAAGACUACCCUCUCGCACGCUGCCCCAGCUGCCGCCUCCAUACCUCCCGCAGGCGGGCGGCUACAAAGUUCCCUGAAGUGGCUGCCUCUAUGCUCCCGCUGGUGGCCGGCUACACAGUUUCCUCCAUACCUUGCAGGGCGGCCGGCUACAAUGCUCCCUCAUGCACUGCCCCAGCCUGCCACCUCCAUACCUCCUAUACAGCUUCCUGAGCCGGCCGCCUCCAUGCUCCCACGGGCAGCGGGCUACACAGCUUCCUGAGCGGGUGGGCAGCCGGCCGGCUCCAUUGUUUGCCCAGCCGCCCACUUUAGGUAAAAGGCUGACAAAUCCCAGACGCCUGGGAUAUGUUGAGUCCUGGAGUAAUGGUCUGCAUGAACACAAUGUGACUUACUCAGCAGACAGAGGAGUACUUGAAAUUCCAGCAUCAAUGGAUUAACAUUGAUCAGAAUUACACACAAUUUGCCCAAUAAGGUUGACUCAGCCCUUCAUCCUUCCGUGGUAGAUAAAAUGAGUACCAUUAAAUUGGGUAAUAGUAACAAACACUGGAUGUUGGGCUACGGUAACAUCCCCAGGACGUACAUGAAAACCAGAGUAAUCUGAAUGUACCUUUCCUGGUUAAAUACUUUGUUAUUAUUAUUAUUAUUAUUACUCUGAUAUUUGAUGUAACAUGUGGUGUAUAUUCUGUAAAAGUUAUAUUCUGUAACAUUAGUAACUUCAUCUCUUACACAGAGAAAACAUUUUAUAUUUCACACAAUGCAGAAAACCUUUGGUGCAUUAAUUUGUGCAGAAUUGCCAAUGUGGAUGUUGGUUAGGGUUAUUAUAAUGAUGUAAUAAGGACGUAUUUAUGCAGAUGAUGGUAUACAUUUAACCAUUUCCUGUUUCUGUUACUUUCUUGGGAGAUUAGAAUUAAAGAUGGUUCUGAUAUCGUUCCUUUGGUGGAAACUGGGCAGCCAGUGACGGCGAAGCCUGAGCCCAGGAAUGUCAAACUGCAAGAUGGGAUCAAAGGCGCCAAAGGAGAAAACCAGUGGCCUCCACAGUAUAUUCUGGAGCACCUAUUGCAACGUCAUCACACCAAUUACAGCCAUCAACAUGAAAAUGUAAGGUCAUCACCUCUUUGUAAAGAUGUUUGAAGGAUUCCUCAGUAUAGGGCAGCACUGCUCCAGUUUGAGGCAGGUACAACCUUUUUGUUUUGACUUGAAAUGCAUCGAUAGAGCAGGUUUAUCCUUAAAUUCUAUGAAGACAAGUGACUUUAAUUGUACCUUGUCAGACUACAGUUAUUUUAGAAAAACGUUAAAAUGCAUUAAAACGGUUAAAAAGUAAAUGUAUUUAUAUUUCCAGUAUCUGUUUGCUGCAAAUCCUGAAUGAAAGUGAAAUGUUAAACAGGUACAUGUUAGAAAUAGUAGCCAUGCCUUCAGUCCAGUGGACUGGACACAGCUCUAAGAUCCAGGCAGAUUUAAUGGAUGAAGAGCAGCAACAUUUUGGCUCCUAAAUGUGCCUUUAUAAUUGACUGAAACAUUGCCGCUCUUCAACCACUAAAUCUUUCGGGAUCUUAGACCUGUGCCCAGUCUUUUUCUUUGUUUGCUGCAAUUCCUGAGACUUAUCAUCUACCACGAUCUGAAUCCAGACCCAGAAGUAACCAACAUGCCUUCAUUAUUUUCAAUGGAAUGGAGCAUAUGCCAUAAUUUGUUUAUCUGCUGAAUAGCUGAUUGUUGCAUGAUCUGAUAGGGGAGUUAGUGCAGGUCACUUCCUCCCAGCUAAAUAGAGAGCCGGCAGGGGGAGGCAGAGACGAGGUACAGACAGAGAGCCUGCUCCCACUCUACACUCCCAUCAGACUCGGUCAGCUGCAGGACCUCCAAGAAAGCUAAAAUUAUACAUGUGUGUGUCAGUUUGCGUAUAAGUAUCUUAGUGUGUUUAUGUCAUUGUGUAUGUUGAUCUGUGUAAGUAUGUAUGUAUGUGGCAGUGUAUAUGUGUCUGUGCAGAUAUCUCAGCAAUCAAAUGCCAACACUACAUGCAAACACACCCCUGCAAUCAAAUGCAAACAUUACACACAAACACACCCCUGUAUUAAAACGCCAGAAUUGUAUACAAACACAACUCAUCAUUCAAAAAACAAUACUACAUGUACACCCACAUAUAAAAGCCAACACUACAUCCAAACACACCCAUGCAAUCAAACGUAAAUACUACACACAAGUACACUACUGCAUUCAGACAUAGAAAUACUCCCCUACAUGCGCACACACACAUACUCCAUACAAAACAGGUGACCAAGACUAAUAUAGUGGUAGAGUUCUAUCAGUCAUGGGAUAUACAUUGCGGAUUCGGGCUCAUGACACAAUAUUGGAUAUUUCCAGUGCCUUUAGAUAGGGGUGAGUGAAUUUUAAGUGCUAAUUGGCAUUUAUGUGAUAUCUGUAUCUAUUUUUUCUUAUUGGAGGGUGGAUUGGGGACUCCUAGCCAACGUGUGUGUGACAGGGGGAAUUGACCCUAAUUUGUGGGUGCUUGACAAGGGUAUGUCCCCCACCCUGAUCUCAUUUCAUAAUGCCCACCCAAGGCCCAUGACUUAACAUGUCCCUCAAUGAUUAUUAAAUUGUCCCAUGUUUCUUACAGAGCCUGCAUCUGCUGCCUAAUUUACAUUUUAAGCCCUCUCCCAAAGCCCAUAUGUGAGUGCACAUGGGGGACCUGUCCCAGUUCUCCACUGUUAUUUUAGAGGUGAAAGGGACCAUUCUAGUGACAUAUUGAUCAACUAUUUGUAAAAAAUAUAUAUAUUUUUUUUUUUUACUUUUUAGUGUGUCAGCUGACUAGCAAAUGCUGACCAGCCAUCACAUGAUUAACUGUAGAGAGUUUGAAAAAAAAAAAAAAAAACUAGCACCGCCAGCAGGCCAAUAGUCUGGAUUUUAAAAAUCCAGGCCUUGAUUUGAAGCAUUCAAACUCGGCUUUUAACAAUCCAGGUCUGUAUUUGAGCUGUCCGGUAGCUUUAUGUCCAGCUGAAGUCUGGACCAAAUUCAGGCUCAUUCAGAGUCUGCUUUGCAAAAUCCAUAUAUUGUUAGUCACUGUGAAAAAAGUCCACAGUUUCAGUGUGAAUGUCACUGUACAGCAGCCAAUGGUUUGACCCGUUUGGUAUGGGGCUUUUCGGACUUCAAUGAACAGGGGAGGGCUGGCAGCCUUAGGCCUCGGGGGCAAAUCCAGUCAAGUGGCCCAUUGCACCAAGAGGAGAGUAUAAACACCUUUCCCAUGGAGGGGGGGAGGGGUGGGCAGUCACCUAAACAAACACUCAAUGACAGGCACACACACACACUUGCUGAUUUGGCACACACUAAAAAACACACACUCACUGACAGGCACACAGGCACACUGAAAGACACACUGUUACAGGCAUACUGACUCAGACAGACAGACAUACUGACACACACACACAGACAAACUGGCACAAACACACACACAGACAUACUGGCGCACACACACACACAGACAUACUGGCGCACACACACACAGAUAUACUUACACGCACACACACACAGACAUACUGACACACACAGACAUACACUUUACACUUUAAAAAAACAGUAGACAGGGGCUGAGUAAGGGGGCAGGGCUUUAGUGGGGGGACAGGGGCUGUAGUGGAGGGUAUAAGCUGUAAUUGGAGGUUUAGGAAAUGUAGGGCGGGGUAGGGGCUGAAGCAGGUUGAUGGCUACAAUUUGGGAAAGGGGCUGUGGUUUGGGUGAUAUGGGUUGCAAUUGGGGAGAGGAGCGGUAGUGGGGAUGUUAUGGGGCUGAGGAGGGGGGGACAGGGGCUGAGGAAGGGGGACAGGGGCUGAGGAAGGGGACAAGGGUUGAGGAGGGGACAGGGGCUGACUAAGGGGAAAGGAGCAGAGGGGCUAAGGGCUGAGGGGCGGGAUCAGGGGGCUGACUAAAGGGACAGGGCUGAGGGAGGGACAGGGGAGGCUGAGCAAGAGGACAAAGGGCUGAGGAGGGCUGAGGGGAGAGAACAGGGGGCUGAGGGGAGGGAACAGGGGAGGCUGGCUAAGGACGAGGUGCUGAGGGAGGGUCAGGGGGCUGACUAAGGGAGACAGGAGCUGAGGACAGGGGCGACUAAAGGACAGCAGAGCUGAGGGAGAGGACAGGGGCGAGCAAAGAGGGACAAGGAGCUGAGAGGACGGGGUUGGCUAAGGGGAAGGGGGGCUGAGGAGGACAGGGGCUGACUAAGGGGACAGGGGCUGAUGGGAGCGACAGGGCUGAAGAGGGGUCAGAGAGGGGCGGCUAAGGGGACAGGGCGGGGAGGGACAGGGGCUGAAGGGUUACAGGGGCUGAGGUAGGGGACAGGGGCAGAUUAGGGGACAGGGCUGGGGAGGGGGCAGGGGGCUGAAGCUAAGGGACAGGGGAGCUGAGGAGAGGGGCAGGAGGCUGAAGAGAGGGACAGGGGCUGACUAAGGGACAGGGAGGCUGGGAGGGGACAGGGCUGAGGAGGGACAGGGGCUGGCCCAAAGAGACAGGGCUGAGGAGGGGACAGCGCUGAGGAGGGGACAGAGCUGAGGAGGGGACAGGGACUAAGGUAGGGGACAGGGGCUGACUAGGGGAAUAAAAAAAACUAAAGUGUAUUUCCCACCUCUCUGAGUCUUACCUUAGGCCAGGGAGGGGUUGGCAGCAGCCGGGGUGGGCAGCAGCCAGCAGGAGCAGCAAUCAGCAGCAGUCAGUGAAGUCGGCCGGCCUCUCCUGAUGAUGUUAGGAGGAGGGGGCGUGACUUCCUCUGCUCUUCUCCCAGACUCCCCAGAGGUCCUGGGAGAAGAGCAGUGAAGUCACGCCCCCUCCUCCUGACAUCAUCAGGAGAGGCCGGCCCACUCCACUGAUUGCAGGCUACAGGGAGAGGGAGGUAAGUUGAAAAAUCUGACUCCUCAGCCAGAGGCAGGGCCGGAGCCAGAGGCAGAGCCAGAGGCAAAGCCAGAGGCAGGGGAUUCAGAUUUUUCCUAUUUUUGCUGGGUGUGGGCAGCCCUUGGUUUAGGGCGGCUUGGGGGGCAAUUGCCUCCCUGCCCCCCUUCCCUUUGAAUAACCAGCGUCCUCUGUUUCAUCUGACGUUCAACUCAGACCUUUAAUCAGGUUUGCAAUGAAUUUAUAACUCUGUGAUUUUGAAGCUGAGCAGUGUGUGUUCUCAGUUUUUGGUGAAUUUCAGAGAAUAUAAUUUAGUUUGAGGUAUCUGACUGUUUUUUUUUUUUUUUUUUUACCAAUAUUAUGUUACUUGCUUUCCUACGCAAUAUAACUUUUAGUUCUUUGCAUAAAUCACAAAAUGUUAUAAUGUUAAUAUUAUUAUUGAAAGUUAGAUUUUGAUCAAAUGUUGCACUAAUGAUUAUUGGGUUUUAUAUCCACCCCUACAGUGUCUUAAUGUGACUCAACUCUUGCUGAAUUUUGGGCUUGACUGGGUUUCAGAAAUUACUCCUAAACACUUCAGUCUGCUUUGUCCGGCUCUGCUCUACCAGAUUGAUAGCCGGGUGUGCAUCCAACAUAACGAUGAAUUGCAAACAUCACCUGUAAACUCCCAGCAAUCACUGUUGCAAGGUAUUUAAACUAUUUUACUAUAAUUAAAAUAUACAUGAAAGACACCCACACCCACAUACAUUUGAUAUGAAAUGCUACUGAAAAUAUCUACUAAAUAAGAUAUAUAUAUAUAUAUAUAUAUUUUUUUUAAUCGUAUUGUAUUUGGUCAGCUGAGUGUCACUUUAAAGGAUUAUUCCAACCACCAAGACCACUGCAGGACUAGGGGACACUGUGAGACAUGGGGACAGUGGGAGACUAGGGGCCACUGUGCCCCUAGUGUCUCAGGGUCCCCAUGACCCCCAGUGUCUCAGUGUUCCCAUGUCUCCCAGUGUCCCAAUGUCUCAGGGUCCCCAAGUCUCUCACCGUCCCCAUAUCUCACAGUUUCCCCUUGUGUCUCUGUGUCCCCAGGUGUCCUAUGUCUCCCAGUGUCUCAGUGUCCCUAUGUCUCCCAAUGUCUCAGUGUCCCCAUGUCUCCCUGCAGCCUUUUCCCCCAUCCCUCACUUACCUGAGCUGUAAGAUUUCUCUGCAGGCUCGGAGCUGCUGUCUGGACUCUCUGUGCAGAGCUGCUCUCCCAUGGAUCAGUGAGUAGAAAGCGGCAGGGAAGGAGAUGCUGUAACUUCCUAUCCCUGCCUAUCUCCACACACACAGCGACCCCUACUGACCUGCGCUGGUAUUGUAGGAUAGUCUCUGUUUAUACUCAGACUGACAUUUGUAUUUCCGAUAGUACUGCAAUACCAGCACUGGCUAGGCAGCCUCAAAUACCAGAGAAAUACCUCUUUUUUUUUUUUUUUUUUUAAAUCAAUGGGCUUAUUCCAUGGGCAUGGGCCUGGAGCUGCCCUAGAAAAAGGUUACCACCUCCCUCCAUAUAACUAAUAACAAUGAUUGUAUAACAUUAAAGUAAUAAUACCAAAUGGUGUAAUAAAAGAAUUUUCUCUGUAGCUGGAUGUAGGUAUAAUGCUAGUGGGAACAAAAAUGCCCCUGAUGCGCGUUUCGCUUGUCAGCUCAUCAGAGGGGAACCUGAUGUUAGAUCUUGCUGGUAUAAAAAAGGGGGGGUUGCUUGAAUCUGAUUGGAACAUCAACAUUUGAAUGUUCCAAUAGGAUAUCAGUACGCCAAGGAAUGUGAUUUCAAUCGUUAUUGGUAAGGAGAUUGUGAAAACACGGAGAAAUCAACUAAACUGGAGAUAGAUUAUUAUGACGUGACACCCUGUGAAAUUAAUGUUACAGAGACACCUAGAUAGUUGUUGCAAAAAGAUCAAAGGAUCAGAAGAAAAAAGGGAAUGAAAGAAUUAUGAAAUGAAAGAGUGUAUUCGCUAAAUAUUAAUAGAGGACCUAGCCCGCGAGGAUCAUGAUUACCAGGUAAAUGUGACCGCUGCCAUGGUCUCCCCAUCUAGCCAAACAGGGGGCCCCCGUCUGAAAGUAUCAGUGCACAGAUUUUCUAUGUAUGAUGAGAAGAAGGAUGAUAUAGAUCCUGCAGGACUUUGAGCGGCAAUGUGAGCUCAAUCGCUUGCCGCCAGAUGACUGGGUGCAAGUACUGGAUGGAAGUCUGAUGGGAUGAGCCCUGGAGACCUGCAGAGCAAUUCCAAGAGAGAAAUUGGAGGACUGCCAGGUCGUGAAGCGAGCUGUGCUAGACUGGUACUCUGUCUACAGGGUAAAGUUCUGGGAGAUCCAGCAGACUCCAGAAGGCACCUACCCAGAGUGUGUUUGGAGGUUGACACAUGCCCUUGAGGGAUGGUGGACCGGGAGUAAGGUGCACUCCCAGGAGAGCUGUAAGCAGAUUGUGCUGCUGGAGCAAUUUUGCCACCUCUUGCCAGUGGAGGUGCGACAGUGGACCCAGGACCAGAAGCCCACUACAGCCGCUGCAGCCGCGAAUUAGCCCAGCACUUCCUUGAGACUCUUGGAGGAAGUAGCAGCCCCUGCUCAAACUGUGGAAUCCAGGUGGGAGUGUUGCCAGGCCUUACUGUGGAUGUAUUAUUGGGAAACGACCUGGGGCGCAUGGAGAGCUACUUAGUCCAGGUCGUAACCUGGGCUCAAGGGGCUAAAGCAAAGAAUUUCCUCCCAGACUGCAUACCCCUUCAGCCACAGCUACUAUUGAGCCACUUCACCCGUGACCAAGGAGACGCAGAAAGCGCCCUGCCACAGGGCAGCACUGGCACAUACUCUGAGGAUGUACCAAUGGUGCUGGCAGCCGCCGUCCGAGCCAAUGAUUGAGUGAACCCUUCCACUCAACCCACCAUACACAAGGUGGCACUCCCACUCUGGGAAAGGAUUUGGAAAGAGCCAGUCUCAGAGCAGAAAUACAACUUUUGCGAGAAGACAACAUGCGCCUGCAGGAGGAAUCCCAGAAUGCAUCAGCCAAGCUAAAGAAAGUUACCGAAUGGGUUUUUAACACCAUCGACAUGAGCUAAAUGACAUUCUAUAAGAUCAGAAGGAAAACCUGAAAACUGUGUCUACAAUCAAUAACGAACCAUAGGAGCUUUAACUUCACCCAAGUAAAAAUGUACAGACUCAAAAGCCCUGUACUCCUGCAGCCUGUGACCCGAGGGGGAGAAAUGUGACAAGAGACUUUGGUGUGUCACAUGGCACAGGAUGCAGAGGGGAAAUGUAGUUUAUAUAUCCUGAUGCUGUUUGAAAAUAAAGGCAGUUGCUGGUUGUCUCUUUCCUUGCUGUAACUAUUUGCUUUUAAUGUGAAUGCUGGUGGGUAAAGAGACUCCAAGCCCAGGUCAUAGCACUUAGUAUAGUGAUCAGCUGUGCAAGUUAAUGGAAGUACCCACGGACGAUAUUAGUCUGUAUCGUCACAGGAUCACUUUAUGCAAUUUGUAAGCCGUCGCUCUAUAUUCUGAAAAAAUAUAAACAUUUUAAUUAUAUCAGCAUGCUGAUAAUAUAAUUCAAUGAUAUAUUGGUGCUAUAUAAAUAAUAAUAAUAAUAAUUUGUAAUUUGAGUUAUUGAUCUUUCCAAUUCCUGUCUUUCAGUGUUGGGUUGGGGGGCACUUGCAGUCACGGUGGUCAGUGCCCCUUCUCUCCUGGCCAUUGCUCUUGUUCCACUUCUAAAACGCCACGUAUUCCGCUAUCUUCUCAGGUUUUUUGUGGCCUUGGCUGUGGGGACGCUCUGCGGUGAUGCCUUACUACACUUACUGCCACAUGUAUGUUACAAGCUUUCUUCUGAUUAUGUACUCAAAACAGAGAAUAAAUGCCUUGUGAUAAUGGUAACUGUAUUCGGUUUAGAUGCUUUAAGCUUUUAAAAUACUUUGCUAAGCAAACACGAAAUGUGUAUUAGAAAGGUUAUUAUGAUGUAACUUUUAAUAGAUAUUGAAAUACUUCAAAUUUCUCAAAUAUAGGCCUUGAGUUAACUUUUGAAAAAAACUUUUCAAUUGAUCACAAUCUGUUAGAAAAACUUUUCAAAUGCUUUAUCUACAGAAUUCUAGGAGAUCAUUUUAAGUUAGUUUUUCUAACAGAAAAGCUUAUCCAAAAAUAUUAAAUAGAGGCCACAGAAUGACAUUUUUCCAAGAAGAAUAAAUCUGGAGUCGAAUAAUAAAUGAGAGCAAUGUGCAGCGUGUAUAUGACCAUUGGCAUAUAUGCAGCCGAAGACUAAAAAGGAUGAUAUCUCCUUUUGGUUAUAACUAUUAUCAAUCAGAGAAACUUCAUAUUGAACAUAUAUGCAUCUACGUAUGCCAACUUUACCAUUUUCACAACUCUUAUCAAACUUGUUUCCACUUUACAUUCGCGAUCUUGUUAGUUUUUUACUUUACUGUUCACUGGGAUUGGACUUUUACUUCACUGUUGACCCUACAAAAGACAGACCCCCCCCCCUUGUUUCAGAACAUUGAUGUUCAGAAUAAUGAUAUGGUUGGCAUUUACCGUGUGACUGAAAAAAGACUUUUACUACGUAUUACUUGUCAAUGCGUUUCAUUUUAGAUGCAACAUGGGCUUUUGGUCCCCACCCUUCUCCCACUCUAUUAUCCCACUCCAAUAUUGUGAAUAUAAAACUUUCAGAGCAUGCUCCUAUCUGGAUCCUGCUAGAUACUCACCUUUCUUGCCCCAGCACUCUGUAUUAGAUAAUACCUGCCAAUUUCUACCCAUAAAAUGGUCUCUAUGGACAUUGGGAAAAAAUGACAACCACCUCCUGCUCUGGGAAUCAUCCAGCGCUAUCAUGUGAGGUCACAAUAUUGUCGCCAGCAGGUCUGGUAGAAGAAAUAUACCAAGUAGAACUCCAAUCUUUCUAUUUCUAAUACUGCUCACUCUGUUCUCCUACUGAUGACAACAAACACAGCUGUUGUUUAAAAUAAACAAUUGCCAGAGUCUGAAAUAAAAUACACUAUGAUUAAAUGUUGCAUAAAUACUAUCAUUGGUGAAACCGGUCUGGGUGGCAGAUGGUCAUGGUGGCUAAAGUGUACCAUCCCUGUCAUCAUUAGCACUAGAUUAAGACAUUUUCUGUCAUCUCUAGAGCUAACUCCACUAUCCAUUUUGUUUGUUGACUAUUUUUGAGACCUAUAUUCACCUAUGCUUGAUGUAGUAGCAGAGGAAGACUCCUUUUUGGUUCUCCGUGGGCCCUUCCAAACUUGAACCUCAAGAAAUGUGCCCAUUAAAAAGUGAUAAAUAGCAAAGUUUAUUAGUUACUACUUUAAAAAUCUUCAAAUUGCCUGGAACUGGUCGUCUGCAUGUUGAGUAUUUUAAACCAAUGUCCCCACAUAUCCUUGAAAGUCAAACACCUCCUACAACGCAAUAUUUAUAAAAAAAAAAUCCUUUUCAUUUACUUCAAAACUAGAAAAUGUUUGCUGCCCAAACUUCCCUAUAAUUGUUAUAUUGCCCAAUAUAGCUAUUGAACCAACAUCAAAUAUUAACUCAAGUAAUCGAUAACAGAUUGCUGUCUUACCUGCUAGAGCUGGAUCUAUUUACAGCACUUCACAAGUAGUUUAAUAAGCUCCUAACAUCAAUGCAAACUGUGCAUAAAUCUCAAAUGAAUUUUCAGUUUGUGUACAAAUGAUUACAUUAUUAUUAAUUAAAAUAAUAGAAUUGAGGGAUUUUUGAGACACUAUAAAGAACCACGAGAUAUAAUAUUAAAUGUUUUGAAUGUCUACUGUUAAUUAUAUUUGUUCUGCAGGUGUUUCUAUAAGAAAAAAAGUGACAAACAAUGCUUUAAUUGCCCAGCUGAUCAUAUGGAUAUGUACCAUUGCUUUUUGGGUUAUCCAGUAAUUGAAACAUUCUGGGUGGAGAUCAACACCAUUUAAUAUUCCCAUUAGGCCAGAGUGUUUAAUGCUGGGUCUCAUUCCCAACUACCAUUACCCUAAUGAAAAAAUUAGUACAAUAAACGCGGUGGUAUUACAGGUCUGGAGCCAAGCAGACUGUUUUUCUGUGUUAAUAUUUCUGGAAAAAUUGCAUAAUUUAUUUAGAAUGGAUUGGCUCCUCACACUAAGAUACACAGCUCAGUAUUCUUAUGUAGUGGUGGCGGGCUGCACACCUUUACCAAUUUCAACAUAAUUAGCUGAUGGUCUCUUCUCGGCUUUAUUACAUUUGGUUAUAUUGGGCUCAGAAUAUCAUCAUAAAGUUCAAAGAAUCAUUUUCAAUUUCCUGUAUAGUGGAAAGCUGAGAACGACUCUGUAACUCACAGAUUGUGGUUUUCUGAGUAUUUUUUUUUUUUUUUAAUCAGUAGAGGUUGAAAAUUCUAAUUUAAAUGGCUGCCUCCACAUUUAAACAUGUCAUUUUUUUGUUUUUUUUUACUUUAAAUUGAAGUUUAUUUUAAUCUAUUUGCCUUAUUGUUUUCAACUGAUUUAAGGAAAUAUAUUUUCAAGUGACCGCUCCCCACUAAUGCAGAGUAUUAUAUUUGUAUUCACAUACAAGCUCAUGCUGCAUUAUAUUGUAUGUGUUUCGAAGCAUAUUUGAUACUGCCUUUUGUUGAAAAGUAAUUGACCUUUUGUAGUUUCAUGAAAAGUUAUAGGAAAUGUUUUUAUUUGAGCAUAACUCAGUCUGUCUGAAUAUUAAACCACUCCCAUAAAAGCUAGUUUCCAAGUCAGAAGUUCAUAACUUCAGUUAUUUUAUUAUAGGCCCAGGAAGAGUCUCAACAUGGUGGGGAAUCACAUUCCAUAGAGCCUGUUCUGAAAGGACUUACUGUACUUGGUGGUAUUUACCUACUCUUUCUUAUUGAAAAUCUCAUGGGCCUUAUGAAUCAAAGACGGAGAAGACGGAAGGUGAGUGCUGUGAAACUUUUGUAAGGUAAAGAGCAACAAUCAGUCAUAAAUUUUAAUCCUUUAUAUGUUAGUAACAAACAUUUACAGCUCAUAACAGGACAAGAAUUUAAAUAUCAGGUGGAAUUUCCAUAUAGGUUAGGCCCACUAUUGUAUGUGCUGUUUUAAAAACUCAAAUGAUCUUCUACAGGUCGUACAAUAAAAUUUUGUGUGUUUACAUUCAACCUUCAGAUAAAUGCAAAGCGGAAAGUCCCUGUUCCAGUUGAGGACUGCACAACUGUGUUACGAGAUCUUGGCCACUCAGUUGGUAAGUAACCUAGCUUGUUCCACAAUGAUAUCAGUGUUGUGAUAAACUAAUGAUGCUUAUUGUAUUGGGGAUGCUAUUAGGGAUGUGCAUGGGCAAAAAAAUUGGUUCGGUUCAGCACUUCCGAAAGUUGGUACUUCGGCAAUUCGGCACUUCUGAAAUUCGUGACUUCGGGAAUUCGGCACUUUGACACUUCCGAAAUUCAGGACUUUGGGGAUUUAGCACUUUGGCACUUCAGGAACACUGGACUUCGGCACUUCAGGAAUUCGAGACUUCGGCAAUUCCCUAACCCUACCACAUAACCCUAACCCUAUUCCUACCCCUACCUCUACCGCUAACCCUAAGGCUAACCCUACCCUAACCCAAACUCUACCCUUAACCCUAACUCUACCCCUAUCCCUACCCUUAACCCUAACCCUACCUCUAUCCCUAACCCUACCUGUACUCCUUACCUUUAUCCUACCCUACUAGGUACUAGUUUACCUCCCUCUCCUGUUUUGCCACUUUUCAGUAAUUCGAAGCACUUUGGUACUUCCGAAAUUCGGCAAUUUGGUUCUGUUCGGAACUUCCGAAAUUCGGCAAUUCGAGAUCUAGGCACUUCGGUUCGGUUCGGCACUUCCGAAAUUUCGAAAUUCGUCACUUUGGCAAUUCGGACAUUCGGAAGCAUCCGAAUUGCCGAAACCAAUUUUCACAUGUCUAGAUGCUAUUUCACUGUGUGUGUGUCUGACUGAUUUUAAAUGUAUUUAUAUACCUUUUUAUAUAGGCACCUGGUCCUAACUUUGACUUUCCUUUAUUAUGGAACAAUAUAAACUAUAACCAGAACUAUAGGAGAGAGAUUUGAGAUACACUGCAAUCUCUAUAAUAUGCAGUUUGAGCCGAGUUGAUGUUUAUUGGAUUGUAUUCUGGGAAAUGUUUUCAUUAUCAUUACAAAUGAUAGACAUACCAUGUUUGAUGUCAAAUACAUUUUGUUCAUUCCCAGAUGUGAUUAGAUCCAAUUACACUGAGAAGCACAUCUACAGAUAUGUCUUGCAAUGUAAGUUUUCAGCUUGGUAUAUAUUUAUGUGAAAAAAGAUUAAAAAAAUAUAAGGGAUAUCGGGUGCUCCAGCCAAAUAAUGAUACAAGUUCAGCCUAAAAACAAUCAAAGUGUAUUGUCACCAAGUACACUUAUAUAAAACCAUAAAUACCACAGAAAAAAUUGUCAAAGUGCACACUGUAAAAAUUAUGAUGGGUCUUUUCCUUGAUAAAACUCUAAAUCAUAUAAAUACAAAACAGAGGAACCAUAGUGUAGAAUUAUGCAAUUCUCUGUCAUUUACCAGUUUAGUAACUAACUUUGCUAGGUUAUCCAAUUCCAAUCUAAGUUGACUAUUUUAGCCUUCAUUUUGCAUAUCAGAUUUAAUUUGCUAACAUUUGAAAGCGUGGAUAUAUAUUACAGGGUGAAUAGCUUGGAAUUAAAAGUUUAUUUUCCAUUUUUGGCCAAAUAGGGUAACUGGAAAAAUUCCCCAAGGCACAUCUAGUUUCAGUUCAGCUAUUUUAGCAUAAAAUUUGAACUUCACUUUAAAUUCCUGGCAAGUCCUCCUUGACUCCAUAAUGGCUGUAGCGGAUCGCGUUUGGCUAUUAUCCACUGUCCUUAAUUUUGGCUGUCCAUAACUUUUAUUGUUACAACAUUAUGUUCAAUUUCCUAUGGUUUGUUACUUUUAAGACAAGAAGUAACCAGGGAGCUGCUGAAGCAUUCGUCUGGUUGUUCGGUAGGUACCAAAUUGCCAACAUGUUAAAUAUCUCCAUUCGACAAAGGAGAGGAACGUGGCUCUAAUUGACCUCCCCAUCGUUAUUUACACUAUCCUGAUUGAGAAUCAUACGAACACACUGUGUAUACCCUGGGUGGGCGCCGUUCGACAUGUGAACACGUGGUGGCGGCCAUUUUGUCAAACGAACGCACCAGCAGUGUUUGGUCAUUGAGUGUCUGGAACCCAAAUCGGACACUCGACCACGCAAACAACGCAGAGACCUCCAUGCCUCCACCAGUUCGUGGGAAAACACACAAACGGCACAACAUUCGGUAAAAAGAUACCCAAGAACAAGGGGAUUCAUACGAACCUAGGCAGAGCCCAUUAUAUUGACUAUUUUCGUGUUCUUCACCUCACGAACGGAGACCGACCGCAAGGCCAAAACACAUGGAACUCCUUUCGGCUACUGCCUUGUGUGCGGUCGGUAAAAUGAAGACCUCCAAGAAAUUCCCGAACCCCUGAUCCGAUCUGGGUGAUUUUUGAGUAUGUUGCUCACCCAGAUCAGGGCUAUCAGGGGAUAUGUAAUUUAGGGGUGUAUGUCAUAGUCUUGGGGUACAUCCAGAAAACGGGAAAAAAUGUGUGUUUCAAAUGUACAGUUAAUUGUGUUAUCUCUCAGGCUAAGUGGAGGGGAUGUGUGGGCUGUAACCAGUUUGUGAUUGGAGAAUGUAUAAUUUUCUCUGGGUGUCUCCCUUGCAUAAAAGCAGGGUAUGUGGCAUUAAACAUAAGUUCUGCUCCUGAUACUGUGUGUCGUCCAGUUAUUAGGAAAGGUGAUGGGAUAUUUGUGGAUUAUUUUAUUUACUACUUAUGCUGUUCUUCCUAAUAAUAAUAAUAAUAAUUUACUUGAUCCUGAGCAACACUUGGAAUACUAGCGGAGAAAGUGUAUGUUAAAUUAGUGCUCCGCUACAAUGGCAAACAGAUUUCCCUAUGAUUCAUCAGCUUGUUCAAAUAGAUAUCAUUUAUAUCCUUGAAUAUUCUGUUUAAAAAAAGCAUCCAAGCCUUUUUAAAAACAUAUCUAUAGAAUUUCAUAAGACAACUUGGUUAAGCAGAGAUAUUCACAUCUUUAUUGUUCUUCCCUUUCCUCUGCUUUACGUGAAAACGCCUUUAUUCCAGUCUCAAUUGGUGACCUCUUGUCUGUUGUAUGUUCCUGCUAAUGAAUGGGUUAGCACAGAGUGGUUUGUACAGAGUUGUAUUUAUUUGUAUACUACCAUCAUAUACCCUCUGACGCAGGGGCGUACCUGGCGCAUUUGGCACCUGGGGCGGAUCCUAUAUUUGGCUUAAAAAUGUUUUUUAAAAAACGCAAAUUCUUUAAAUGUAUUUUUAGCACCAAGCAGUGUUUGCAUUUUUUUAAAUGUAUUUAGCACCGAGCAGUGUUUCUGUGUUUGAAUGUAAGCAUGUGUGAGUGUAUGUACGGGUGUGUUUGCACGUAUUGGCAUUUGAAUGCAGGUGUGCAUUUUUCUGUAGUGUGGUUUUUUUAAUAUGGUGGUGUGUUUUUAUGUAGUGUUGAUAUAUGAAUGUAGGGUUUUAUUUGUGUGUAGUGUAGGUGAAAUGCUGAGAUGUAUGCGCAUAUACACUUAUACUCACAUAUACACACACUGGCACACAUACACAGACACAUAGGUACACACAUGCAGUUACAUAGAAACACAGUCAUACACAGAUACAGAAAAACACAGACACACAUGUAUAAGUGUGUGUCUGUGUGUGUUUGUAUAGUGUAUGUAGUAUGUUUGUAUAGUGACUGGACCACCAGGGAAGGUAUUUAAACCUCCUCAUUACUCACUGCCCCCUCCCUCCCCCCUUCUACACCCUGUCACACACUACCCCCCACCCCUCAUUUUUUUUAUGUAUUUAGCCCCCUGUCACACACUGCCCCCCACCCCUCAUUUUUUUUAAUGUAUUUAGCAUCGAGCAGUGUUUCUGUGUUUGAAUGUAAGCAUGUUUUUGUAUGGAGUAUGUGUGAGUGAAUGUACGGAUGUGUUUGCACGUAUUGGCAUUUGAAUGCAGACGUGCCACUGCCCCUCUACCCCCCUAACUCCUGUCACUACCCCUCUUCCCCCACAACCCCUGUCAAUGCACCUCUACCCCCCCUAACCCCGUCACUAACCGUCUACCCCGCUACCUCCUGUCACUGCCCCUCCACCCCCCUACCCCCUGUUGCUGCACCUCCAGUCCCUACUCCUUGUCGCUGCCCCUCCACUCCCCCACCCCCUGUCACUGCUCCUCCACCCCUCCACCCACCUAACCCCUGUCGCCCACACAGUGAACCCCUCACAAUCAUACACACUGUACCCCACACACACUGCUUGCCUCACAAUUACACACACUGUACCCCUCACAAUUACACACACUGUACCGCCCACACACUGCACCCCUCACAAUUACACACACUGUACCCCUUACAAUUACACACACUGCACCCUUCACAAUUACACCACACUGUACCUUUCACAAUUACACACACACACUGCACUCCUUACACGCUGCACCGCUCACAAUCACACACACUGCACCUAUGUAUAUUUGUAUAUAUAUAUAUAUAUAUGUAUGUGUGUGUGUAUGUACAGUUGCAAGAAAAAGUAUGUGAACCCUUUGGAAUGAUAUGGAUUUUUGCACAAAUUGGUCAUAAAAUGUGAUCUGAUCAUCAUCUAAGUCACAAGAAUAGACCAUCACAGUCUGCUUAAACUAAUAACACACAAAGAAUGAAAUGUUGCCAUGUUUUUGUUGAACACACCAUGUAAACAUUCACAGUGCAGGUGGAAAAAGUAUGUGAACCCUUGGAUUUAAUAACUGGUUGAACCUCCUUUGGCAGCAAUAACUUCAACCAAACGUUUCCUGUAGUUGCAGAUCAGACGUGCACAACGGUCAGGAGUAAUUCUUGACCAUUCCUCUUUACAGAACUGUUUCAGUUCAGCAAUAUUCUUGGGAUGUCUGGUGUGAAUCGCUUUCCUGAGGUCAUGCCACAGCAUCUCAAUCGGGUUGAGGUCAGGACUCUGACUGGGCCACUUCAGAAGGCGUAUUUUCUUCUGUUUAAGCCAUUCUGUUGUUGAUUUAUUUCUAUGCUUUGAGUCAUUGUCCUGUUGCAACACCCAUCCUCUGUUGAGCUUCAACUGGAGCUGGUAGACAGAUGGCCUUAACUUCUCCUGCAAAAUGUCUUGAUAAACUUGGGAAAUCAUUUUUCCUUCAAUGAUAGCAACCCGUCCAGGCCCUGACGCAGCAAAGCAGCCCCAAACCAUGAUGCCCCCACCACCAUACUUCACAGUUGGGAUGAGGUUUUGAUGUUGGUGUGCUGUGCCUUUUUUUUCGCCACACAGUGUUGUGUGUUUCUUCCAAACAACUCAACUUUUGUUUCAUCUGUCCACAGAAUAUUUUGCCAGUACUGAUGUGGAACAUCCAGGUGCUCUUGUACAAACUGUAAACGUGCAGCAAUGUUUUGUUUGGACAGCAGUGUCUUCCUCUGUGGUAUCCUCCCAUGAAAUCCAUUCUUGUUUCGUGUUUUACGUAUUGUAAAUUCGCUAACAGGGAUGUUAGCAUUUGCCAGUGACUUUUGUAAGUCUCUAGCUGACACUCUAGGAUUCUUCUUAACCUCAUUGAGCAGUCUGCGCUGUGCUCUUGCAGUCAUCUUUACAGGACGGCCACUCCUAGGGAGAGUAGCAGCAGUGCUGAACUUUCUCCAUUUAUAGACAAUUUGUCUUACCGUGGACUGAUGGACAGCAAGGCUUUUGAAGAUACUUUUAUAACCAAUUCCAGCUUUAUGCAAGUCAACAAUUCUUAAUCGUAGGUCUUCUGAGAGCUCUUUUGUGCGAGGCAUCAUUCACAUCAGGCAGUGCUUCUUGUGAAAAGUAAACCCAGAACUGGUGUGUGUUUUUUAUAGGGCAGGGCAGCUGUAACCAACACCUCCAAUCUCAUCUCAUUGAUUGGACUCCAGUUGGCUGACAUCUCACUCCAAUUAGCUCUUGGAGAUGUCAUUAUUCUAGGGGUUCACAUACUUUUUCCAUCUGCACUGUGAAUGUUUACAUGGUGUGUUCAAUAAAAACAUGGCAACAUUUCAUUCUUUGUGUGUUAUUAGUUUAAACAGACUGUGAUUGUCUAUUGUUGUGACUUAGAUGAUGAUCAGAUCACAUUUUAUGACCAAUUUGUGCAGAAAUCCAUAUCAUUCCAAAGGGUUCACAUACUUUUUUUUUUCUUGCAACUGUAUGUAUAUAUAUAUAUAUGUGUAUGUGUGUGUAUGUGUAUAUAAAAAUACAUAUACACACGGCGUGAGUUUGUGCUUUAGGGUGCACACCUUAACGCAACAGGCUGCGCACAGCUAUGAUCAAGAUCGUAUAGAAACGGGCCCCGGACAGAGCCAUGAGGAACUCCACUUACCAGUUUUGUCCAAUUUGAAAAUGUUCAAUUUACAAAUACUCUCUGCACGGCCUUUCAUAUAAAUAUUUCAAUAUGUAAAUGGAAUGACUUACUCACGAGUUAGGACAAGCUGUGUGGUGUUAAGGACCAUUUGUAAUAAAGACACACGAUAUCAUUGUUCCUGAAACUGUUAAUGGCUCUUAAUUUACAAUUAAUCUUUUCUUGUUUUUGUUUGCAGAUGCUGAGUUCUGUGAGGUUACUGGUGCAGCUGAUGAUCUACAGGUUAGAAAUGAAUUUCAUGAAGAGGGACUGAGAGACCAUGAAUCUCGUGCAUCUGUGGAUAACCAUGGCCACUCUCAUUCUGCAGGAGCAGGGGGCAUUGCAGAAUUUGUAUGGAUGGUAUUACUUGGAGAUGGGAUCCAUAACUUCACUGAUGGAUUAGCUAUAGGUAUGACACCAUCUCAAACAGACCUAGUAAAUACCUUUUUUUCCCAUUUACAAUGUAAAUCUAAUGUGACUGCAAUUUGUGCUCUCUGUUAUAGGGGCUGCUUUCUCUUCUGGCUUUUCUGGUGGUCUCAGCACUUCUGUUGCUGUAUUCUGUCAUGAGUUGCCUCAUGAGCUGGGUACGUAAUUUUUUUAAAAAAAAGCACAUCAUACAUGCCUAAAAUGAGGGAAUGAACAAGGAGGGAAAUCGGGCCGCUAGAGGUCUUGGAUGUUGGUAUAACAGGAAAGUAGUCAGUGGUUACUAGCUCUCACUAAAAUAACAAGAGAAACAGAAAAUAAGUCAAGAUGAGCUCAACAGUUCAUGAGUAACUGCAGCUGUUGGUGGUGAAGCUUGUUAGGUCUUGGUAGACCUAAUCCAGACAUUUGUGGUCCGGGUACAGCAUAAAUGUGGACCUCUCGAAUUGUAAUGGCGUCUUCCCCCUAGUGGCGUUGAGGGUAAGGGCUUUAUUCUGCUGUGACUGGAAGUGCAGUAUAAGGUCUGCUUGGGCAUUCCUUGGUGCUAUAGACGGCUUUGUCAUUCUGAACAGGCCAUCUAGCUUCACCGCCUUGGCCUGUUUUGGGGGCAACACAGUGUUGAACAGCAACCUUGUGCUUUAGGGAGGUUAUCCUCGAGUCUUGGGUACAUGUGGAGGCCUCCAUUAGGGUUAUCCGAGAGGUUGCGCCUUUAAUGGCGUCCUUGAAGUGGGCAAUGUCUGCAUCGAUAUUAGUUCUGAGCUCUGCCAACAUGCUUUUCAGCUGUACGGCGGUGACUGGCUUAUUAGUGUUAGGCUGCUGAGGUGGCUGUGCUUUUGGCAGUCCACGUGUUUUGCUACUGCUCCCAGGUCAAAAGGAAUGUCCUCCGACGAUAAGGAGGAUUCUUCAUCACCCAGCGCCAUUUUGUCCCAUGUGGAUCAUUGGGAGUCUUGCAGGAGUUCCCGAUGUCUUAGCUUCAUGGGUCUUUAUCUGUGUGGCAGAUUGCCUGGUACCAUGACUAGGUAUCUCCGCCAAACACACUACCGAGCUAUCAUCAGGACACAAGCAGCACGCCAGCCCCUAGUUGCCGCAGCUUGACCGGGGUCUUUAUGUCGCUUCCUGCCCUGGAACAGCUUCAAAUGAUACAACUUCAAAUGAUUAAGCUCUCCUGCAGAGAGUAUAGCUUGUCCACACAAACACUAGUCGAGACUGAAUGAAAGGUGAAAAAUGUACUGAUUUAUUCAGGCCAGGUUGCCUGCUUAUAUACACGAACCCCAGCAUGGGGUCUUUAUUCAGACAUACAGUAACCCUGCCCAGGAGUCUCUGUGUCUGGGAGAUAAGUGAGUUUUUGCCUUUGCUUAAACUAUGUUUUCUCCCAGACAAACAAAGUACAAACAUAAAAACACCCCAAAACAUGUAUAAAACAGAUAGGAACCCCACAAGUCCUACAUCCCCAAAUAGCUCUAAUCUGAGUGCUCAGGUACAUGCAGUGUAGGGGAAUCACCACAAAGGCAAAGUUCUGACUGGCCACACACGUGGUCCUAUGCCCAAAAUAGUUUUUAGUACUUUGCCGGUCAACUUCCGGGAGCUCCUGCGGACUAACUACAGGGUGCAUCUCCUGGCUCUCGGGAAUGUUUGUACCUUACAGUCUUGGGCACCCUCCCUCCAAAAAGCGCACUCCUGGCGGAUGGGCAAGGGGGUCAAAACACGGGACCAAUAUGACUGGGAACUGCAAGGUCACAUAGCCUAAAACAGAUCCAGAGUACCGCUGAAGUCUGUUCGGAAGUUAGUUCUUGCAAACGACCGUGAGCGUUUUGCUGAAUUCAGGAGAGGGAAGGUACCGAACCAGGAGAACCGAAGAGAAUUCUCUCGGGCCACAAUCUGCCCUUACUUUUUUUUUUUUUUUUUUCCCAUUAAACUUAAGUUAGCGGAGCAACGGUUUUAAAAUAAUUUAGGAAGUAUUACUUUACAGAGAGGCUAGUCGACGCAAAGAAUACCUUAUAUUUACAUGACAUCACAGGACACAUCACCUGAUGUUACGUUACAUCUGGCUGAGUGAUGUAAAAAGAAAAAAUACACAUCAGGAAUGGGGGAAGUCCCGUAAUCACUAAUAAAAUACUUACAUUGUGUGUACUAUAUCUGACCGCUCAUAUAGUGUGUUGUGUGUGUAUAAUCUCUAAAUGAGUGUGUGUAGCAGUGUGUCAUUGCCUAAGUGUGUGCGUCUCUGUGCGUCUAUUAUGUUGUAAUUGUGUGUAUAUGGCAAUGUAUGUUUCUGUAUUUUAUAUAUAUAUAUAUAAAUAGAGGUGAAUAUUCUGCCUUUAUUUCUUUAACACUCUCUGAGUGGCACUGCUAGACAGACUUCCACACCAGCCUGGUGGCAACCCUAAUUCUGGUGGAAAUGGCUAAAAGGGUAGAAGUCUAUGAAAGGAGGUGGAGCACUCUAAUUUGAGUAUUUGUGAAUAGAGUGGAGCCAGAAAUGGAUAUUGAGGAACUAAGCAACAUUUCCUAAUACACAAUAGAAACCUGACCGAUUUUUCGUUCCGCUGUACAUUUUGUGAUGUAGCUAACUGCAAAGUCCGACUUAUAAAGGGAUUAACAGAUCAUUCAUUUUAUUGCGAACACCAUUUAUUUAAAAAGAAUAGAUUAGCUCUGACAAUACAUCUGAUGUUGGAUACAAUUCCAGUUACUCUUAGCCAGCCCAACCUGUGAAUUUGGGUCCAAGAAACGUCAAACGACAACACUACAUAAAAACACACCUCUGUGUUAAAGCACCAGCACUAUAAAUAAACACAACCCUGCAUUCAAAAACCAACACUACACACAAAUGCAUGCCAUCAUUUAAAUGUCAACACUACAUACAAACAUGCUCUUACAUUCAACAGCUAACACUACACAGAAGUACACCUGUCCUUUCAAAUGCCAACACUACACACAAGUACACCUGUCCUUUCAAAUGCCAACACUACACACAAAUACACUCCUACAUUCACACGCAUGCUCCAUUAAAAAAAUGCUUACAAUGAAACACACAAAUCUUGCAAGGAUGGGCAAAUGGUAGAUCCCCAGCUGGUAAAGUAUUGUGGAAGUUGCACUACAACUUAUAGUGGGUGAGCAAAAAACCUCUUCCACAUUAGUUCUGCCAGUACCGAGAAUUUGAAUGUGCCCACAUGUGCUGGAAUUUAAGGGGCUGCCUAUUGCCCCUCCUUCACCUGUAAAGCAUAUUUCCCUGUUAAUCUUUGAUCUGACCUGUUCCCCUGUAAAUGUUUUGUUUUAGGUGAUUUUGCCGUUUUGCUACAGACUGGAGUGCCAGUAAAGCGGGUACUUUUAUUCAGCCUGGUUUCAGCAUUCCUGUCAUACCUGGGUUUGCUGACGGGAGUUUUGGUCAGUCAAAGCUCAGCUGAGGUCACACCCUGGAUAUUUGCUGCUACAGCUGGUAUAUUUCUCUACGUUGCACUGGUGGACAUGGUAUGUUUGGAUUUAAAUUACUGCAAUCACAGUCUGUACAUUGGUAGACAUGGUAUGUUUGGAUUAACAUUACACUGUCACAGUCUGUAUAUUGGUAGACAUGGUAUGUUUGGAUUAGCAUUAUACAGUCACAGUCUGUACAUUGGUAGACAUGGUAUGUUUGGAUUAACAUUACACAGUCUGUACAUUGGUAGACAUGGUAUGUUUGGAUUAACAUUACACUGUCACAGUCUGUACAUUGGUAGACAUGGUACGUUUGGAUUAACAUUACACUGUCACAGUCUGUACAUUGGUAGACAUGGUAUGUUUGGAUUAACAUUACACACUCACAGUCUGUAUAUUGGUAGACAUGGUAUGUUUGGAUUAGCAUUAUACAGUCACAGUCUGUACAUUGGUAGACAUGGUAUGUUUGGAUUAACAUUACACAGUCACAGUCUGUACAUUGGUAGACAUGGUAUGUUUGGAUUAACAUCACAGCAGUCCAGGCUGUACAUUGGUAGACAUGGUAUGUUUGGAUUAACAUUACACAGUCUGUACAUUUGGUAGACAUGGUAUGUUUGGAUAACAUUACACUGUCACUGUCUGUACAUUGCUACACAUGGUAUGUUUGGAUUAACAUUACACUGUCACAGUCUGUACAUUGGUAGACAUGGUAUGGUUUGGAUUAACAUUACACUGUCACAGUCUGUACAUUGGUAGACAUGUAUGUUUGGAUUAACAUUACACUGUCACAGUCUGUACAUUGGUAGACAUGGUAUGUUUGGUAUUAACAUUACACAUUCACAGUCUGUAUAUGCUAUGACAUGGUAUGUUUUAUUAGCAGUUGUAGACUAUGGGAAUGGUAUGUUCUAGUACAUUUAACAUUACACUACAUAGACAUUUGGUAUUGUUUCGGGUAUAUUUUGGAACAUUACACGAGAAUUUGUCUAGCAAAGCUAAAUUGGUAGACAUGGUAUGUUUGGAUUAACAUCACUGCACAUGUUUGUAAACUGCCACCACUCCCUUAUUUUCAGGCCCACCUACACCGUCUUAUAUCAAAACGUUCAGCUAUCCCUCCUGCCACUAAACAUGUCGCGUGAAGCCAUAGUCCUGAUAGUUUCACAAUAUAAUCAUUUGUUUUGCAACUAAUGCAGAUCCAUUAUUGACUUUCAUUGAAACUUCCUCUGCAAAGCUCAAAUUUGAAGUGCAAUUUCUAAACUGCGACUGUGCCUUUGAUUUAAUACUUCAGAGACAUACUAUGCAUCAAAAUGUAGGUCUGGGUCUUGUGAUUCUCACAAUAUAAAGCUCUUCACUGUAGGGUAUAGUUUUAAGAUCACGACCGUUUGAAAGAUGGCAACCACCAAAAUACUCUGACCUGUGUCAAGCUGCAGCGGCAAGUGAUGUCAUAGACAGGGCCUUUUGAACACCUGCUAAUGUUUUUAUAAAUGUAUGGUUUAAUGUAACUGUGCAACAACGUUGCAAUUAAAUGUGCUAUGUAAAUGAUAACAGUUACUCCGCCCACUCCAGUUGUAGACUACAGAUGGAGCAAAGAACACUUCACACAAUUUCCCCAGAAAUUGUAGCUUUUCUAGUUAAGUGUUCUUGCAUAGCAAAAUUCCAUAAUGUUAUCUCACAUAUAUAUUAUUAUUAUUAUUAUUAUAGCAAAAUUUGCCACCCUAACUCCUCCCACGGUUUUACUACAUUAUUAAAAUUUGCAAAGCGUGCAGAUUGUUUCGAUGGUUGCUAUUACUUUGUGGAACGUUUCGCCGAAUGGUUCACGGAAUAUAGUCGUUCUUGUGGCGAAAUUUAUCCCAUAGGAAUGAAUGGCAAAGCUAGAGUGGGAGCUGGCAAAAGCUGAAAAAUCAAGACAUGAUUUCUAAACUGCCACCACUCCCUUAUUUUCAGGCCCACCUACACAAAUCUUAUAUCAAAGCGUUCAGCUAUCCCUGCUGCCACUAAACAUGUCAACGGCUAAGCCGUAGUCCUGAUAGUUUUCACAAUAUAAUCAUUUGUUUGCAACUAAUGCCGUCCAUUGACAUUCAUUGAAACUUCACUCUACAAAGCUCAAAUUUGAAGUACAAUUUCUAAACUGCGACUGUGCCUUCAUUUUUAAUACUUCAGAGACAUACUAUGCAUCAAAAUGUAGGUCUGGGUCUUGUGAUUCUCACAAUAUAAAGCUCUUCACUGUAGGAGUUAUAGUUUUUAAGAUACGACCGUUUGAACAUGGUAACCACCAAAAUACUCUGACCUGUGUCAAGCUGCAGCAGCAAGUGAUGUCAUAGACAGGGCCUUUUGAACACCUGCUAAUGUUUUUAUAAAUGUAUGGUUUAAUAUAACUGUGCAACAACGUUGCAAUUAAAUGUGCUAGACUACUGGUGGAGGCAAGAACACUUCACACAAUUUCCCCAGAAAUUGUAACUUUCUGAUGUUCUUGCCAUAAGACCAUAAUAUUUAUCUCACAUAUAUAUUGUGUAUUAUUGUAAGAUUUGCCACCUAACUCCUCCCACAGUUUUUACACUACAUAGACCAAAAAUUUACCAAAGCGCAGAUUGUUCCCGAUCGGAUUGCUAUUACUUUGUGGAGCGUUUAGCGAAUGGUUCCACCGGAAUAUAAAUGCGUUCUUGUGGCUAAAUUUGUCCCAUAGGAAUGAAUAGCAAAGCUAGAGUGGGAGCUGGCAAAAGCUGAAAAAUCAGGACAUGAUUUCUAAACUGCCACCACUCCCUUAUUUUCAGGCCCACCUACACAAAUCUUAUAUCAAAACGUUCAGCUAUCCCUGCUGCCACUAAACAUGUCAACGGCUAAACCAUAGUCCUGAUAGUUUUCACAAUAUAAUCAUUUGUUUGCAACUAACGCCGUCCAUUGACAUUCAUUGAAACUUCCCUCUACAAAGCUCAAAUUUGAAGUCCAAUUUCUAAACUGCGACUGUGCCUUCAUUUUUAAUACUUCAGAGACAUACUAUGCAUCAAAAUGUAGGUCUGGGUCUUGUGAUUCUCACAAUAUGAAGCUCUUCACUGUAGGAGUUAUAGUUUUUAAGAUACGACCGUUUGAAGAUGGCAACCGCCAAAAUACUCUGACCUGUGUCAAGCUGCAGCAGCAAGUGAUGUCAUAGAGAGGGCCUUUUGAACACCUGCUAAUGUUUUUAUAAAUGUAUGGUUUAAUGUAACUGUGCAGCAACGUUGCAAUUAAAUGUGCUAUGUAAAUGAUAACAGUUACUCCGCCCACUCCAGUUGUAGACUACAGGUGGAGGCAAGAACACUUCACACAAUUUCCCCAGAAAUUGUAACUUUUCUAGUUAUUAUUAUUAUUAUUAUAGCAAGAUUUGCCACCCUAACUCCUCCCACAGUUUUUACACUACAUAGACCAAAAUUUACCAAAACAUUACACAUUCACAGUCUGUACAUUGGUACACAUGGUAUGUUUGGAUCAACAUUAUACAGUCACAGUCUGUACAUUGGUAGACAUGGUAUGUUUGGAUCAACAUUAUACAGUCACAGUCUGUACAUUGGUAGACAUGGCAUGUUUCUAUUAACAUCACAGCAGUCCAGGCUGUACAUUGGUAGACAUGGUAUGUUUGGAUUAACAUUACACUGUCACAGUCUGUACAUUGGUAGACAUGGUAUGUUUGGAUUAACAUUAUACAGUCACAGUCUGUACAUUGGUAGACAUGGUAUGUUUGGAUUAACAUUACACAGUCUGUACAUUGGUAGACAUGGUAUGUUUGGAUCAAUAUUAUACAGUCACAGUCUGUACAUUGGUAGACAUGGUAUGUUUGGAUUAACAUUACACUGUCACAGUCUGUACAUUGGUAGACAUGGUAUGUUUGGAUUAACAUUACACUGUCACAAUCUGUACAUUGGUAGACAUGGCAUGUUUGUAUUAAGAUCACAGCAGUCUAGGCUGUACAUUGGUAGACAUGGUAUGUUUGGAUUAACAUUACACAGUCUGUACAUUGGUAGACAUGGUAUGUUUGUAUUAACAUCACAGCAGUCCAGGCUGUACAUUGGUAGACAUGGUAUGUUUGGAUUAACAUUACACAGUCUGUACAUUGGUAGACAUGGUAUGUUUGUAUUAACAUUACACUGUCACAGUCUGUACAUUGGUAGACAUGGUAUGUUUGUAUUAACAUCACAGCAGUCCAGGCUGUACAUUGGUAGACAUGGUAUGUUUGGAUUAACAUUACACAGUCUGUACAUUGGUAGACAUGGUAUGUUUGGAUUAACAUUACACUGUCACAGUCUGUACAUUGGUAGACAUGGUAUGUUUGGAUUAACAUUACACUGUCACAGUCUGUACAUUGGUAGACAUGGCAUGUUUGUAUUAACAUCACAGCAGUCUAGGCUGUACAUUGGUAGACAUGGUAUGUUUGGAUUAACAUUACACUGUCACAGUCUGUACAUUGGUAGACAUGGUAUGUUUGGAUUAACAUCACAGCAAUCCAGGCUGUACAUUGGUAGACAUGGUAUGUUUGGAUCAACAUUAUACAGUCACAGUCUGUACAUUGGUAGACAUGGCAUGUUUCUAUUAACAUCACAGCAGUCCAGGCUGUACAUUGGUAGACAUGGUAUGUUUGGAUUAACAUUACACUGUCACAGUCUGUACAUUGGUAGACAUGGUAUGUUUGGAUUAACAUUAUACAGUCACAGUCUGUACAUUGGUAGACAUGGUAUGUUUGGAUUAACAUUACACAGUCUGUACAUUGGUAGACAUGGUAUGUUUGGAUUAACAUUACACUGUCACAGUCUGUACAUUGGUAGACAUGGUAUGUUUGGAUUAACAUUACACUGUCACAAUCUGUACAUUGGUAGACAUGGCAUGUUUGUAUUAACAUCACAGCAGUCUAGGCUGUACAUUGGUAGACAUGGUAUGUUUGGAUUAACAUUACACUGUCACAGUCUGUACAUUGGUAGACAUGGUAUGUUUGGAUCAAUAUUAUACAGUCACAGUCUGUACAUUGGUAGACAUGGUAUGUUUGGAUUAACAUUAUACAGUCACAGUCUGUACAUUGGUAGACAUGGUAUGUUUGUAUUAACAUUACACAGUCUGUGCAUUGGUAGACAUGGUAUGUUUGGAUUAACAUUACACUGUCACAGUCUGUACAUUGGUAAACAUGGUAUGUUUGGAUUAACAUUACACUGUCACAGUCUGUACAUUGGUAGACAUGGUAUGUUUGGAUUAACAUUACACAGUCUGUACAUUGGUAGACAUGGUAUGUUUGGAUUAACAUUACACUGUCUGUACAUUGGUAGACAUGGUAUGUUUGGAUUAACAUUACACUGUCACAGUCUGUACAUUGGUAGACAUGGUAUGUUUGGAUUAACAUCACAGCAAUCCAGGCUGUACAUUGGUAGACAUGGUAUGUUUGGAUCAACAUUAUACAGUCACAGUCUGUACAUUGGUAGACAUGGUAUGUUUGGAUUAACAUUACACUGUCACAGUCUGUACAUUGGUAGACAUGGUAUGUUUGGAUUAACAUUACACUGUCACAGUCUGUACAUUGGUAGACAUGGUAUGUUUGGAACAAUAUUAUACAGUCACAGUCUGUACAUUGGUAGACAUGGUAUGUUUGGAUUAACAUUAUACAGUCACAGUCUGUACAUUGGUAGACAUGGUAUGUUUGUAUUAACAUCACAGCAGUCCAGGCUGUACAUUGGUAGACAUGGUAUGUUUGGAUUAACAUUACACUGUCACAGUCUGUAUAUUGGUAGACAUGGUAUGUUUGGAUCAACAUUAUACAGUCACAGUCUGUACAUUGGUAGACAUGGUAUGUUUGGAUUAACAUUACACAGUCUGUACAUUGGUAGACAUGGUAUGUUUGGAUUAACAUCACAGCAGUCCAGGCUGUACAUUGGUAGACAUGGUAUGUUUGGAUCAACAUUAUACAGUCACAGUCUGUACACUGGUAGACAUGGUAUGUUUGGAUUAACAUUACACUGUCACAGUCUGUAUAUUGGUAGACAUGGUAUGUUUGGAUUAACAUUACACUGUCACAGUCUGUAUAUUGGUAGACAUGGUAUGUUUGGAUUAGCAAUAUACAGUCACAGUCUGUACAUUGGUAGACAUGGUAUGUUUGGAUUAACAUUACACAGUCUGUACAUUGGUAGACAUGGUAUGUUUGGAUUAACAUUACACUGUCACAGUCUGUACAUUGGUAGACAUGGUAUGUUUGGAUUAACAUUACACAGUCUGUACAUUGGUAGACAUGGUAUGUUUGGAUUAACAUUACACUGUCACAGUCUGUACAUUGGUAGACAUGGUAUGUUUGUAUUAACAUCACAGCAGUCCAGGCUGUACAUUGGUAGACAUGCUAUGUUUGGAUUAACAUUACACAGUCUGUACAUUGGUAGACAUGGUAUGUUUGGAUUAACAUUACACUGUCACAGUCUGUACAUUGGUAGACAUGGUAUGUUUGGAUUAACAUCACAGCAAUCCAGGCUGUACAUUGGUAGACAUGGUAUGUUUGGAUCAACAUUAUACAGUCACAGUCUGUACACUGGUAGACAUGGUAUGUUUGGAUUAACAUUACACUGUCACAGUCUGUAUAUUGGUACACAUGGUAUGUUUGGAUUAACAUUACACUGUCACAGUCUGUACAUUGGUAGACAUGGUAUGUUUGGAUUAACAUUACACAGUCUGUACAUUGGUAGACAUGGUAUGUUUGGAUUAACAUUACACAUUCACAGUCUGUACAUUGGUACACAUGGUAUGUUUGGAUCAACAUUAUACAGUCACAGUCUGUACAUUGGUAGACAUGGUAUGUUUGGAUCAACAUUAUACAGUCACAGUCUGUACAUUGGUAGACAUGGCAUGUUUCUAUUAACAUCACAGCAGUCCAGGCUGUACAUUGGUAGACAUGGUAUGUUUGGAUUAACAUUACACUGUCACAGUCUGUAUAUUGGUAGACAUGGUAUGUUUGGAUUAACAUUACACUGUCACAGUCUGUAUAUUGGUAGACAUGGUAUGUUUGGAUUAGCAAUAUACAGUCACAGUCUGUACAUUGGUAGACAUGGUAUGUUUGGAUUAACAUUACACAGUCUGUACAUUGGUAGACAUGGUAUGUUUGGAUUAACAUUACACUGUCACAGUCUGUACAUUGGUACACAUGGUAUGUUUGGAUUAACAUUACACUGUCACAGUCUGUACAUUGGUAGACAUGGUAUGUUUGGAUUAACAUUACACAGUCUGUACAUUGGUAGACAUGGUAUGUUUGGAUUAACAUUAUACAGUCACAGUCUGUACAUUGGUAGACAUGGUAUGUUUGGAUCAACAUUAUACAGUCACAGUCUGUACAUUGGUAGACAUGGUAUGUUUGGAUUAACAUUACACAUUCACAGUCUGUAUAUUGGUAGACAUGGUAUGUUUGGAUUAGCAUUAUACAGUCACAGUCUGUACAUUGGUAGACAUGGUAUGUUUGGAUUAACAUUACACAGUCUGUACAUUGGUAGACAUGGCAUGUUUGUAUUAACAUCACAGCAGUCCAGGCUGUAAAUUGGUAGACAUGGUAUGUUUGGAUUAACAUUACACUGUCACAGUCUGUACAUUGGUAGACAUGGUAUGUUUGGAUUAACAUUAUACAGUCACAGUCUGUACUUUGGUAGACAUGGAAUGUUUGGAUUAACAUUAUACAGUCACAGUCUGUACAUUGGUAGACAUGGUAUGUUUGGAUUAACAUUACACUGUCACAGUCUGUACAUUGGUAGACAUGGUAUGUUUGGAUCAAUAUUAUACAGUCACAGUCUGUACAUUGGUAGACAUGGUAUGUUUGGACUAACAUUAUACAGUCACAGUCUGUACAUUGGUAGACAUGGUAUGUUUGGAUUAACAUUACACUGUCACAGUCUGUACAUUGGUAGACAUGGUAUGUUUGGAUUAACAUUACACAGUCUGUACAUUGGUAGACAUGGUAUGUUUGGAUCAAUAUUAUACAGUCACAGUCUGUACAUUGGUAGACAUGGUAUGUUUGGAUUAACAUUACACUGUCACAGUCUGUACAUUGGUAGACAUGGUAUGUUUGGAUUAACAUUACACACUCACAGUCUGUAUAUUGGUAGACAUGGUAUGUUUGGAUUAGCAUUAUACAGUCACAGUCUGUACAUUGGUAGACAUGGUAUGUUUGGAUUGACAUUACACUGUCACAGUCUGUACAUUGGUAGACAUGGUAUGUUUGGGUUAACAUCACAGCAGUCCAGGCUGUACAUUGGUAGACAUGGUAUGUUUGGAUUAACAUUACACAGUCUGUACAUUGGUAGACAUGGUAUGUUUGGAUUAACAUUAGACUGUCACAGUCUGUACAUUGGUACACAUGGUAUGUUUGGAUUAACAUUACACUGUCACAGUCUGUACAUUGGUAGACAUGGUAUGUUUGGAUUAACAUUACACUGUCACAGUCUGUACAUUGGUAGACAUGGUAUGUUUGGAUUAACAUUACACUGUCACAGUCUGUACAUUGGUAGACAUGGUAUGUUUGGAUUAGCAUUAUACAGUCACAGUCUGUACAUUGGUAGACAUGGUAUGUUUGGAUUAACAUUACACAGUCUGUACAUUGGUAGACAUGGUAUGUUUGGAUUAACAUUACACUGUCACAUUCUGUACAUUGGUAGACAUGGUAUGUUUGGAUUAACAUCACAGCAGUCCAGGCUGUACAUUGGUAGACAUGGUAUGUUUGGAUUAACAUUACACUGUCACAGUCUGUACAUUGGUACACAUGGUAUGUUUGGAUUAACAUUACACUGUCACAGUCUGUACAUUGGUAGACAUGGUAUGUUUGGAUUAACAUUACACAGUCUGUACAUUGGUAGACAUGGUAUGUUUGGAUUAACAUUACACAUUCACAGUCUGUACAUUGGUACACAUGGUAUGUUUGGAUCAACAUUAUACAGUCACAGUCUGUACAUUGGUAGACAUGGUAUGUUUGGAUCAACAUUAUACAGUCACAGUCUGUACAUUGGUAGACAUGGCAUGUUUCUAUUAACAUCACAGCAGUCCAGGCUGUACAUUGGUAGACAUGGUAUGUUUGGAUUAACAUUACACUGUCACAGUCUGUACAUUGGUAGACAUGGUAUGUUUGGAUUAACAUUAUACAGUCACAGUCUGUACAUUGGUAGACAUGGUAUGUUUGGAUUAACAUUACACAGUCUGUACAUUGGUAGACAUGGUAUGUUUGGAUUAACAUUACACUGUCACAGUCUGUACAUUGGUAGACAUGGUAUGUUUGGAUUAACAUUACACUGUCACAAUCUGUACAUUGGUAGACAUGGCAUGUUUGUAUUAAGAUCACAGCAGUCUAGGCUGUACAUUGGUAGACAUGGUAUGUUUGGAUUAACAUUACACAGUCUGUACAUUGGUAGACAUGGUAUGUUUGUAUUAACAUCACAGCAGUCCAGGCUGUACAUUGGUAGACAUGGUAUGUUUGGAUUAACAUUACACAGUCUGUGCAUUGGUAGACAUGGUAAGUUUGGAUUAACAUUACACUGUCACAGUCUGUACAUUGGUAAACAUGGUAUGUUUGGAUUAACAUUACACUGUCACAGUCUGUACAUUGGUAGACAUGGUAUGUUUGGAUUAACAUUACACAGUCUGUACAUUGGUAGACAUGGUAUGUUUGGAUUAACAUUACACAUUCACAGUCUGUACAUUGGUACACAUGGUAUGUUUGGAUCAACAUUAUACAGUCACAGUCUGUACAUUGGUAGACAUGGCAUGUUUGUAUUAACAUCACAGCAGUCCAGGCUGUACAUUGGUAGACAUGGUAUGUUUGGAUUAACAUUACACUGUCACAGUCUGUACAUUGGUACACAUGGUAUGUUUGGAUCAACAUUAUACAGUCACAGUCUGUACAUUGGUAGACAUGGCAUGUUUCUAUUAACAUCACAGCAGUCCAGGCUGUACAUUGGUAGACAUGGUAUGUUUGGAUUAACAUUACACUGUCACAGUCUGUACAUUGGUAGACAUGGUAUGUUUGGAUUAACAUUAUACAGUCACAGUCUGUACAUUGGUAGACAUGGUAUGUUUGGAUUAACAUUACACAGUCUGUACAUUGGUAGACAUGGUAUGUUUGGAUUAACAUUACACUGUCACAGUCUGUACAUUGGUAGACAUGGUAUGUUUGGAUUAACAUUACACUGUCACAAUCUGUACAUUGGUAGACAUGGCAUGUUUGUAUUAACAUCACAGCAGUCUAGGCUGUACAUUGGUAGACAUGGUAUGUUUGGAUUAACAUUACACUGUCACAGUCUGUACAUUGGUAGACAUGGUAUGUUUGGAUCAAUAUUAUACAGUCACAGUCUGUACAUUGGUAGACAUGGUAUGUUUGGAUUAACAUUAUACAGUCACAGUCUGUACAUUGGUAGACAUGGUAUGUUUGUAUUAACAUUACACAGUCUGUGCAUUGGUAGACAUGGUAUGUUUGGAUUAACAUUACACUGUCACAGUCUGUACAUUGGUAAACAUGGUAUGUUUGGAUUAACAUUACACUGUCACAGUCUGUACAUUGGUAGACAUGGUAUGUUUGGAUUAACAUUACACAGUCUGUACAUUGGUAGACAUGGUAUGUUUGGAUUAACAUUACACUGUCUGUACAUUGGUAGACAUGGUAUGUUUGGAUUAACAUUACACUGUCACAGUCUGUACAUUGGUAGACAUGGUAUGUUUGGAUUAACAUCACAGCAAUCCAGGCUGUACAUUGGUAGACAUGGUAUGUUUGGAUCAACAUUAUACAGUCACAGUCUGUACAUUGGUAGACAUGGUAUGUUUGGAUUAACAUUACACUGUCACAGUCUGUACAUUGGUAGACAUGGUAUGUUUGGAUUAACAUUACACUGUCACAGUCUGUACAUUGGUAGACAUGGUAUGUUUGGAACAAUAUUAUACAGUCACAGUCUGUACAUUGGUAGACAUGGUAUGUUUGGAUUAACAUUAUACAGUCACAGUCUGUACAUUGGUAGACAUGGUAUGUUUGUAUUAACAUCACAGCAGUCCAGGCUGUACAUUGGUAGACAUGGUAUGUUUGGAUUAACAUUACACUGUCACAGUCUGUAUAUUGGUAGACAUGGUAUGUUUGGAUCAACAUUAUACAGUCACAGUCUGUACAUUGGUAGACAUGGUAUGUUUGGAUUAACAUUACACAGUCUGUACAUUGGUAGACAUGGUAUGUUUGGAUUAACAUCACAGCAGUCCAGGCUGUACAUUGGUAGACAUGGUAUGUUUGGAUCAACAUUAUACAGUCACAGUCUGUACACUGGUAGACAUGGUAUGUUUGGAUUAACAUUACACUGUCACAGUCUGUAUAUUGGUAGACAUGGUAUGUUUGGAUUAACAUUACACUGUCACAGUCUGUAUAUUGGUAGACAUGGUAUGUUUGGAUUAGCAAUAUACAGUCACAGUCUGUACAUUGGUAGACAUGGUAUGUUUGGAUUAACAUUACACAGUCUGUACAUUGGUAGACAUGGUAUGUUUGGAUUAACAUUACACUGUCACAGUCUGUACAUUGGUAGACAUGGUAUGUUUGGAUUAACAUUACACAGUCUGUACAUUGGUAGACACGGUAUGUUUGGAUUAACAUUACACUGUCACAGUCUGUACAUUGGUAGACAUGGUAUGUUUGUAUUAACAUCACAGCAGUCCAGGCUGUACAUUGGUAGACAUGGUAUGUUUGGAUUAACAUUACACAGUCUGUACAUUGGUAGACAUGGUAUGUUUGGAUUAACAUUACACUGUCACAGUCUGUACAUUGGUAGACAUGGUAUGUUUGGAUUAACAUCACAGCAAUCCAGGCUGUACAUUGGUAGACAUGGUAUGUUUGGAUCAACAUUAUACAGUCACAGUCUGUACACUGGUAGACAUGGUAUGUUUGGAUUAACAUUACACUGUCACAGUCUGUAUAUUGGUACACAUGGUAUGUUUGGAUUAACAUUACACUGUCACAGUCUGUACAUUGGUAGACAUGGUAUGUUUGGAUUAACAUUACACAGUCUGUACAUUGGUAGACAUGGUAUGUUUGGAUUAACAUUACACAUUCACAGUCUGUACAUUGGUAGACAUGGUAUGUUUGGAUCAACAUUAUACAGUCACAGUCUGUACACUGGUAGACAUGGUAUGUUUGGAUUAACAUUACACUGUCACAGUCUGUAUAUUGGUACACAUGGUAUGUUUGGAUUAACAUUACACUGUCACAGUCUGUACAUUGGUAGACAUGGUAUGUUUGGAUUAACAUUACACAGUCUGUACAUUGGUAGACAUGGUAUGUUUGGAUUAACAUUACACAUUCACAGUCUGUACAUUGGUACACAUGGUAUGUUUGGAUCAACAUUAUACAGUCACAGUCUGUACAUUGGUAGACAUGGCAUGUUUCUAUUAACAUCACAGCAGUCCAGGCUGUACAUUGGUAGACAUGGUAUGUUUGGAUUAACAUUACACUGUCACAGUCUGUAUAUUGGUAGACAUGGUAUGUUUGGAUUAACAUUACACUGUCACAGUCUGUAUAUUGGUAGACAUGGUAUGUUUGGAUUAGCAAUAUACAGUCACAGUCUGUACAUUGGUAGACAUGGUAUGUUUGGAUUAACAUUACACAGUCUGUACAUUGGUAGACAUGGUAUGUUUGGAUUAACAUUACACUGUCACAGUCUGUACAUUGGUAGACAUGGUAUGUUUGGAUUAACAUUAUACAGUCACAGUCUGUACAUUGGUAGACAUGGUAUGUUUGGAUUAACAUUACACUGUCACAGUCUGUACAUUGGUAGACAUGGUAUGUUUGGAUUAACAUUAUACAGUCACAGUCUGUACAUUGGUAGACAUGGUAUGUUUGGAUUAACAUUACACAGUCUGUACAUUGGUAGACAUGGUAUGUUUGGAUUAACAUUAUACUGUCACAUUCUGUACAUUGGUAGACAUGGUAUGUUUGGAUCAAUAUUAUACAGUCACAGUUUGUACAUUGGUAGACAUGGUAUGUUUGGAUUAACAUUAUACAGUCACAGUCUGUACAUUGGUAGACAUGGUAUGUUUGGAUUAACAUUACACUGUCACAGUCUGUACAUUGGUAGACAUGGUAUGUUUGGAUUAACAUUAUACAGUCACAGUCUGUACAUUGGUAGACAUGGUAUGUUUGGAUUAACAUUACACUGUCACAGUCUGUACAUUGGUAGACAUGGUAUGUUUGGAUUAACAUUAUACAGUCACAGUCUGUACAUUGGUAGACAUGGUAUGUUUGGAUUAACAUUACACAGUCUGUACAUUGGUAGACAUGGUAUGUUUGUAUUAACAUUACACUGUCACAGUCUGUACAUUGGUAGACAUGGUAUGUUUGUAUUAACAUCACAGCAGUCCAGGCUGUACAUUGGUAGACAUGGUAUGUUUGGAUUAACAUUACACAGUCUGUACAUUGGUAGACAUGGUAUGUUUGUAUUAACAUUACACUGUCACAGUCUGUACAUUGGUAGACAUGGUAUGUUUGUAUUAACAUCACAGCAGUCCAGGCUGUACAUUGGUAGACAUGGUAUGUUUGGAUUAACAUUACACAGUCUGUGCAUUGGUAGACAUGGUAUGUUUGGAUUAACAUUACACUGACACAGUCUGUACAUUGGUAGACAUGGUAUGUUUGGAUUAACAUUACACUGUCACAGUCUGUACAUUGGUAGACAUGGUAUGUUUGGAUUAACAUUACACAGUCUGUACAUUGGUAGACAUGGUAUGUUUGGAUUAACAUUACACUGUCACAGUCUGUACAUUGGUAGACAUGGUAUGUUUGUAUUAACAUCACAGCAGUCCAGGCUGUACAUUGGUAGACAUGGUAUGUUUGGAUUAACAUUACACAGUCUGUACAUUGGUAGACAUGGUAUGUUUGUAUUAACAUUCACAGUCUGUACAUUGGUAGACAUGGUAUGUUUGUAUUAACAUCACAGCAGUCCAGGCUGUACAUUGGUAGACAUGGUAUGUUUGGAUUAACAUUACACAGUCUGUGCAUUGGUAGACAUGGUAAGUUUGGAUUAACAUUACACUGUCACAGUCUGUACAUUGGUAAACAUGGUAUGUUUGGAUUAACAUUACACUGUCACAGUCUGUACAUUGGUAGACAUGGUAUGUUUGGAUUAACAUUACACAGUCUGUACAUUGGUAGACACGGUAUGUUUGGAUUAACAUUACACUGUCACAGUCUGUACAUUGGUAGACAUGGUAUGUUUGUAUUAACAUCACAGCAGUACAGGCUGUACAUUGGUAGACAUGGUAUGUUUGGAUCAACAUUAUACAGUCACAGUCUGUACAUUGGUAGACAUGGUAUGUUUGGAUUAACAUUACACAGUCUGUACAUUGGUAGACAUGGUAUGUUUGGAUUAACAUUACACAGUCUGUACAUUGGUAGACAUGGUAUGUUUGGAUUUACAUUACACUGUCACAGUCUGUACAUUGGUACACAUGGUAUGUUUGGAUUAACAUUACACUGUCACAGUCUGUACAUUGGUAGACAUGGUAUGUUUGGAUCAACAUUAUACAGUCACAGUCUGUACAUUGGUAGACAUGGCAUGUUUGUAUAAACAUCACAGCAGUCCAGGCUGUACAUUGGUAGACAUGGUAUGUUUGGAUUAACAUUAUACAGUCACAGUCUGUACAUUGGUAGACAUGGUAUGUUUGGACCAUGAACCAGUACCCCUCUUUGGCACUAUUAUGUAUUCAUUCAUCUUUUUUUCUCUAUUUAUCUAUUAACAAGCAAUGCAAUGAACACAAUUUCUGUUUCUCUCAGCUCCCCCAGAUGUUAAACCGUGGGACCUCUGAUCUUUCCCAAGGAAAGGAUAUCUUCAUCCACGGUGCUGGUUUCUUUCUUGGAGGUGUCAUAAUGCUGUGCAUCGCACUCUUCCAGGAGGACAUGGGGUUUCAAAAUGUAUAAGAAUUUUUUUUUACUUCAAAAUAAAGUGUACUAUGAAAUUUCCAUUUCUGUAAAUGGCAUGAAGAAAACAAUUCAGUACCUGUGACAUUCUAUACAGCCAUCAUCAUCUGGCCCUUCUAUCAUAGGAAACAUAGAAUUCUUAAAGCAAGGGGCUAAACUCUCACACUGCAGAGAAUAAGAAUAGCAGUGUUCCUAGCAGAUACAGCAGCUGCUCUUUAAAUGUAAAUGCUAACCGCACAAGUAAUGCAAGCACGCGUUAGACAUGGUGUAUGAAACUUUGCAUCGAACAGGCAUUCCUGAAAAUACAGGGAUUUCUGGCCAUGUGUACAGCUUGUAUGUGAUUCAAAAAGAAACAUGGAUCUAUAAGCUUACACUAUUGUUUUUAUUUAUAAUUUUAUACUUUUAGCUAGCAUAAAAACAUCUGCAAACAGAUUGGUUAUACGAUGACUAGGAUUUGGCAAAAAUCGAUAUUUUUUUAAGAUUCCCUUUCACCCCUUAAGGACCAAACUUCUGGAAAAAAAGGGAAUCAUGACAUGUCACACAUGUCAUGUGUCCUUAAGGGGUUAAACAUAAGGGAGCACAACAUUGCACUACGUUCAGUUUCCAUAGAAUUUUCCCAAUUUGAUCAACUCUAAACAUGCUAUUUAUAUGGCUGUCUGGGACAAAUAAUGUAUGUACUAUUAACACACACUGGUGAUAAGCACAGGGGCCACUACUGCUGCAUUAUAAAGAUUUAUUUUAAUGAAAUAAGGCCUUGAAUAUGAUGACUACAUACAACAUGCUACAAAGAGGGUUAAAACACUCCUACUUCUGACUUCUACACACUGUUAAAAUUAAAUGGUCAAAACAGAUAUAGGUAUGCAGUUUUCUAAACAUCUGGCUUGAUUCAUGUUUUGCAAUUUAGUAUUUCUUCCCUUUUUAUGAUUUAAAGUUCAUAUUUUAAUUUAUUGACAUUAACCCUGUCUCCUCCUGAGAGCAUAAAUCAUGUUUCAGUGGUUGUUAUACUUGCUGUAAGACACACCUCUCCUGUUUGGGCAGCACAGACUUGCUUGCACCUUAUGUUAGCUUUAUGGUAUAAAACCUGUUAAUCUGUUCUCUCUCCCUCCAUUCUCACAUUGCCUGUCCAAAGUGCCUGCAAUACAUAAUUUCUGGCCUUUUCUCUCCCUGCUGCUGCUCUCACACAAAGCAUGCACCUUCCCCUUUUGCAGGCAUAACUUUCUCUUAGACCAGGGGUAGGCAACCAUCAGCACUGCAGAUGUUGUGCACUACAUCUCCCCUGAUUCUUUGCAGCAUUAUGGCUGCAAGAGCUCUAUGGGAGAUGUAAUCAGUGGUGUAUCCUGGUUGUGUGCUGCCCUAGGCAUGACAAAACUCAGGCGCCCCCCCCCACGCCAUCCCACCCUGCCCCACCUUCUAAAAAAACACACACACACACACAUUCACUGACAGACACGCAUACACUAGCUAACAGACAUACACACUCACUAACAGACACACACAUUCACUAACAGACAUGCAUGCACUCUCACUAACAGAUACACACAUAGUAACACACUCCCUAAAAGGCACUCCCUGACACACACACACUUACAUUAACACACUCAUUUAAAAAAAAAAAAAAAAAUGUAAUUCAACCCCCCCCAGCCUCCUUACCUUUGGGAAUGCUGGGGGGGUCUCCCUUUCCCUGGGGUACAGAGGCUGCUGGGUGGGCGGUGCGCGAGGGAGCUGAGCAGAGAGCUAUGGGGAAGGUAUGUUUUCCUGGCACUAUAGUGGUCCUUUAAUCAAUUCAGCCUCACACAAACUCUAUCUCUCUAUGUAUGCAUGUACUGCAAGACUAUAUAUUGUAAUAUAGGGAGGACCAUUUAAAGCUCGAAAGUGCAUCUUUAAAAAAAAAACCAAAAAAAACUAAAUAUGACAGUAAAAAAAUAAAUAAUUCAAAGCAAUUUAUAAACCGGCCAUGUUUUUCAUUACCCUAUAUGAAAAUAAAAACAUUUCCUUUCCCUUUUUUUCCCCAAGUUUGAAUUCUUCUUAUUUCUUUGCCAUUCAGUGACAUUAUUGGGAUUGUAGCCCUAUAUUCAGGGCUGGACUGGGGAUACAAAGCAGCCCUGGAAAAAAAAAAUCUAUGCCAACCCCAUAAGUCAUUGCGCCAUAUAUUGCCGUAUGUAAUAUGUAAGGCAAUGUCUUGC